GCUUGCCCCAAAUUAAGCCUUUUUGUUUUAAUGCCAAAUUUGUAGUCUAAUUGAGUUUUACUUUCUCCGUCCUGAAUUAAUCUUGUAUUCAUGCUUAUUUUCGGGGUACUUUUUUUAAAGCCAAAUUUGUAGUCUAAUUGAGUUUUACUUUCUCCGUCAUCAUUUAAUCUUUUUAUUAAUGCUUAUUUUCCUAAAUGGUUCUUUUUCCGGAUUAUCUCUUUUUGUUUUAUUCUCUUUAUUUAAUUAUUUUAAUAAUCUAAUUCCCUGCUUUCUACCAGAAUAACCCCCCUUUCUAUAUAUAUAGAGUGAAGCUAAUGCUAGUUAGAGAAGUAAACGCCUUUUCUCUCUUCCUCUUAUUUACCUCUUAUUAAAUAAGAGGAAACUAUAGAGAGAGAUAGAGAGAAGAAACAGAGUAAAAAACAGAGUUUACGAUGAAUUGCAAGAAAUUGUUCAACGGGUCGGGUCCUUUGAUGGGUAUGAUAAUGGUGCAAGUAAUUUCAACCGGGUUGCAAAUUCUUUCGAAACUUAUUUUAACACAAGGAGUCUUCAUUUUUGCUCUUAUGUCGUAUCGUCAUCUUCUUGCUGCUAUUUGCAUUGCACCCUUUGCAUUCUAUCUUGAAAGGGGAAAUGGAGUAAAGUUAACCUUGAUGGUGGGGGUUUGGAUCUUUCUUAGCUCCUUAUCCGGAAUAACAAUGGGAAUGGGGAUGUUCUAUUAUGGACUUCGCGACACAACAGCAACAUAUGCCACAAAUUUCCUCAAUUUGAUCCCGGUUGUUACCUUUAUUUUAUCAAUCAUUACAAGAACAGAGAAAUUGAAUUUGAAGAACACCAGAGGAAAAGUUAAGAUCAUAGGAACAAUGUCCUGUUUGGCAGGAGCCAUUAUUAUUAGUCUAUACCACGGGAAGAUAAUUAUUUCUGGUAACGACCACGUACUUAUUCAUCUUCCAACUUCGACGGCUACCAAAAUAGUCAACCCAGAUUGGACACGUGGCACAAUCAUACUUGUUGCAAGUAUUUCAUCCUAUGCUACGUGGUUCAUUGUUCAGGUUAAGUUGCUAACGGCAUUUCCAUCAAAGUACUGGGCAACAAUGUUAACAUGUUUAUCAGCAUCAAUUCAAACAGCAAUUAUGGGUGUAUGCUUAGACAGGAGGAUGAGUUCAUGGAAGCUAGGAUUGAAUCUUCAGUUGGUUACCAUUGUUUACUCGGGAGUAUUGGCAUCAGCAGUAUCAUUCUGCUUAAUCUCAUGGGCAGUUUCAAGAAGGGGCCCCACUUUUCCAGCCAUGCUUAAUCCAUUAUCUUUGAUAUUUAUAGCCAUCAUAGAAGUCAUAUUUCUUGGGGAAGAUCUUAAAAUUGGAAGUUUGCUAGGAAUGGUGAUGAUAAUAAUGGGGUUGUAUGCCUUCCUAUGGGGUAGUAGUAAAGGUAAAAAGACAGAAUCACCCUUGCCAAAAUCAGCCAAAGGUGAAGGAGAAGCUUCUACCAAAAGCAGUGAUCUAGGAAGGUCACAAUUGUGUUCAGCAACUGUUGUUCCAACUGCAUCACCUGUAAUUCAUGGUUUUGAUUAUGAUGAUGAACAACAACGUACAUAAUUAUAUAUUGAGCCUAAUGUUUGUUUAGUUUUAGACUUUUAGCUACCUGAUCGAUGUGUUUAACAUGUCUAAUAAACUUUGGAAAUCAUAGUAAACCAAUUAAGCAGGGCAUAUAUUCAACGAAGUUGAUGAUCGAGUUAGUGCAAUAAAAACAGACAUCUUAAUUUUCA